CUAUGAACUUAUGCGCAUACCUGUUUCACCCAAGGGCGAAGUUGAACUGCUUUAAACUGUUUUAUUGCAUACCUCUCUGAGCCGAGACCAAUUCACAUUACAAUUCACCAUUCACCCCGCUUGAAUUUGGCGCCACUUGCAAUUCCACACCUUUUGCCAACAGAAACCCAAUUCGAUAUCCCUUUGCGCCCAACUGAGCCAGUCUCAUUGGAAGACCGGGAUCCCCCAGAUACAUUUUUGACAAUUGUACCGCUCACCUGUCACGAGAGACUUGUCUACAAAAAGCCAUCCAAAUUCCUCAUUUAGAUUCAUCCUCGGAUUGUUCCGCACGAUAGUACACCACGCCCUAUCUGCAUUCACCUUCACUGUGCGACCAGCAUUCAUCUUCAAAAGAGAGAGAGAAAAAAAAGCCACAGGAGAACGGUGGAUCAAAAUUGCUAACACUGUUGCUAGAAACUUGGGUUAUUUCGCAACAUUAUUCCUAUUGUGAUUCGGAAUUCCACAUACCAACAACAACGCCCAGUUCAGAGAGCUGAACUAUAAAUCAAUUCAAACUCGCUCAGUGAGGUUGGCAACUUCGGCUACCGCCUAAUCGCUAACCUCCCUUUGCUCCGACUUUCUUAGGUAGAUCGUCGAGGGGAAGGGGUAUCUAGACGUUAAAUUAUCACCAAUGUCUCGAAGAUACACUACCACACGCACUCCACGCCACAGCGGUCCCAUCUCGGACGAAGUCAGUUACUCAGAAGAGGAGGAUUCAAGACCUAGUGGAGGAUCAUACAGUCACGGACGAGAGGUUUCGGACGAGGACUCUUACGAGAGUGAAGAGGAAGAAGAGUUUGACGACGACGAUAUUGAUCCAGAAGAUUCAGCUUCUACUAGUCCCUCAAGGCGCCAUCACCAAGAAGCUCGUCCACAUCGCGCUCCAUCCCGUGCCCCGUCUCGCACACCGUCUGGACAGCAGCACAGGAGUGUUGCCCAUAGAGUACCCUCCCAUUACGAUUACGAUACUUAUCGGCAGGCGCCGAACCCAUCCACCAGUCUGGAUUCAGAUUACGAUUACUACGGCCGGGGUGCCUACCCACCGCCGGCCGGAGGGAACCAGUAUUAUGCCGGCGGCCGUGGCGGUUAUCCCCAAAGCCACGUUGGCGGCUAUGCUCCCCCUUAUGGUGGAAGUGGGCAGAUGGUGCCAUACGGACCACCUAACCCUUACCAAAAUCCUUUCGCCCCGAUGAACGGAAAUGCUGGUAAUUAUUUUAAUAACGAGCAUAGGUGGCCUGGUGGUAACGAAAUGAUGCCAUUUGGCGGAGGUGGCGGUCAGAAUUACUUUGGUGGUCAGCCGCCGUAUCCCAUGCCACACGGCAUGGCACAAUAUCAGUGGUCCCCUCCUCCGCCUCCUCCGACGGACAUUGGUGGCCGGUCUCGAACACCUGCCCCAGCUCCAGCUCCAGCUCCGGAGCCCCCGAAGGAGGACCCCGAAAAGGAAGCCAUGAAAAAGAAAUUAGCUGAGAUUGAAGCCGAGCAAAAGCGGAAAGAACAAGAAGCCAAGCAAAAGGAGCUCGAGGCUCAAAUUAGGCUGGAGGCAGAGCUGGCAUUCCAACGCAAAAUGGAGCAGAUCAAGAGGGACGAAGAGAUCCGUGCCGAGGAAAGAAAGAUUGCUAUGGAGAAGUUAACCAAAGACAUUGAAGAUGCAAAAAGGGCAGCCGAGAAAGCCGAGGCGGAGCGUGCCCGCAAGGAAGCAGAAGCUCUCGAAAGAGCUGAGCGAAGUGCCCGCGACAAACUCGAAGCGGAACAGAAGGCCGAAGCAGAAAGGAAGAGGAAAGAGGCGGAGGCUGCCGCCCUGGCAGAGGCUGCUCUUCAGGCUAAGCUACAGGCCGCUAUUAGGGCUGAAGCGGAUGCGAGAGCGGCGGCGGCGGCUAGAGCUGCUGAGGAGGCUGCACAAAGAAAGAAAUUUGAGGAAGAGGCCAAGGCAAAAGCUGAGUUAGAAGCCCGCAAAAAGAUAGAAGCUGAAGAGGCGGCCAGGGCCGCUGCCGCUGCAAAGGCAGCGGAAGAGGCCGCUCAGAGAAAGAAAUUCGAGGAAGAGGCUAAAGCAAAGGCGGAGUUGGAAGCUCGCUUGAAGUUGGAGGCCGAGGCGAACGCCAGGGCUGCAGCAGCGAAGGCGGCGGCGGAAGAGGCGGCAAGGCAGAAAAAAAUAGAAGAAGAAGCUAAAAUCAAAGCUGAGCUUGAAGCUCGUAAAAAGAUAGAAGAUGAAAAGGCAGCGGCGGAGGCAGCCAAAGCUGCCGAGGAGGCUAAGAAGAAGGAAGAGGAGGCACUGAAGAAGAAGCUCUUAGAAGAGGCCAAGCUCAAGGCUGAAGAAGCGAAUAAGAAGAGCCUUGGUAAGGACAAGGCGCCGAUUCGGUUCAAGGAUGCCGUGGGAAGAAAAUUCAGCUUCCCUUUCCAUAUAUGCCAGAGCUGGCAGGGCAUGGAAGAGCUCAUCAAGCAAGCUUUCAGUCAUGUGGAUGUUAUUGGUCCCCAUGUACAAGCUGGGCAUUAUGACCUUAUUGGUCCGAAUGGCGAGAUUAUUCUACCCCAGAUAUGGGAUAAGGUGAUUGAGCCAGAUUGGGCGGUGACGAUGCAUAUGUGGCCUAUGGAUCGGCCGGCCAUGCCUCAGGGAGGAGCUAUGAGAUCUAUACCUGGUAGACCAGGGGUUCACAUGGCAGGCGGCCCAUUCCCGCCGCAGGGUUUUAGGCCGCAAGGCCAACAGCGCCCGGUAAGCAGUGGUGGACCUCCACCUCCGCCGUCUCAUCCGAUGAUGAUGGGUGCGGGUGGCAUGAGGGGCCAGGUUCCUUUCGACGGACGCCCAGUUGGGGGUCCCGGUGGAGGGAUGCCUCCAAAUAUCAUCCAAGUUAACAAGCCUCCUGGUAAGAAGCCAGCCAAGAAAGUCCAGAGCGGCGUGCUUGGGUGGAUAGGUGGAGGAGCCGCGAAGCCCACUAAAAGCAAGAGUAGUAAAACUAGACGAUAAGGUAUAAUCCAUUCACAUGUGCUCCGGGGAUACCUGGGCAACUCGAUCUAGCCACUGUCAAUUUCCACUUACUCCCGUGCCUUUUUCGCCAGGCACCAGUCCUAAUUUUUAUUCCCAUCACCAAUUUAUUUUUGGGGAGUUCUGCGAACGGUCUCCAAUAACAGAUUCUGCAUUAUACCCCGGCUCGAGACGACUUCAUUGUUUAAAGCGGCAUUUUCCGCGGGCUUUUUUCUUCGAGCACGUAUUAUGGACGAAGUAAUAAUUACCACGGAGAACCAAUAUUUAUUCAUCACAACUUUGAUACCGGUAGACCUGUAUCAUUUCUUACUACUACCGCGUGUUUACAUCUAGGACUAUAUUUUUUUUUCUCACAUGAGGUGACGAUGUCUCGGGCUAAGAAUGACGAAGUGUAUGAGGAGGAAAGGCAAGUACAUGGAUGUUCUUUCAAGACGGCGAGCAUUUUUACCUUGUUGAGAUUUGUUUUGAGAGGCUAUAUUCUCGGAUGGCGUCGUGGUUGAGAAAGAUUGGGGAGACCAAGACACAUCCGGACUGAUCUGUUACAUAUUUACAUUAGGAGUUACUAUAAGUUUUGAAUUGAAUUUUGAGAAUUGUA